AUGAACAGUGCCAGCGUUGCGUGCAGACAACUCAAAUGUGGCCAAGUUGUUUCUGUCCUGGGCUGGGCUUACUUUGGCCCUGGAGAAGGAAGCAUCCUUCUGGAUGAUGUGAAGUGUGCAGGAACCGAAUCUCACAUUUGGGACUGCUCGCAUGCCGGCUGGAACAAAAGUGACUGUGGACACAAUGAGGAUGUCAGUGUCGUCUGCUCAGAUGCAGUGCAGUCCACGAUUGCACCAACAGUAUCCACAGAGAGGACCCAAACUACAAUUUCAUCAAAAACCACGUUGGUCACAGACCGCUUUGUAACACCUACUACACAACUGGCGACUUCUACAGAUAAAGAGCCAUCUUCCACAUCCACUGUUGUCACAGAGAGAAGUGCCACAUCAGCUACUGAAAUCCCAGGCACAACUUAUGAAGGUUCCACCUCCACUACAGGGGAAGAUGGGACAUCAGAAAUCCCCACCUUGUCAUGGAAAGACUCUGAAAGCUCAACAGAACCAACAUCACCCAUCCCAAUUGUAGAAGGGAAUGUGACUGUGACCUCAACUCCAGAAAUCCCUUCCACAGCUCCUAAAGCUUCCUCCUCUGCCCCCAGCACUGCAGCCACGCAGCCAACAGCUGUUCCAGAGAUCCUGACCACCUCUGGGGAAGAGCCAUCUUCUACAUGCACUGCUGUCACAGAGGGAAGUGCCACAUCAGCUACUGAAAUCCCAGACACAACUUAUGAAGCAGAUGUUCCAGCCCUGUCCCUGCGCCUUGCAGAUGGUGACAGCAGGUGCUCAGGCCGUGUGGAGCUCUAUUAUAACGGCAGCUGGGGAACAGUCUGCGAUGAUGCUUGGGAUCUGGGGGCUGCUGAGGUGGUGUGCCGGCAGCUGGGCUGUGGGGAGCCUAUGUUGGCAGUGCCUGAAGCACAGUUCGGCCAGGGCUCUGGGAACAUCCUCCUGGAUGAGGUGCAGUGCAGAGGGGAUGAGGACAGCCUGUGGGACUGCUCUCACCGAGGGAUAGGUGUGCAUAACUGUCAGCCAAAGGAAGACGCCGGCGUCAUUUGUGCAGAGCCUGUUACUCCCCCAGUCCCAACUGAGCCUGUCCCAGCUGAGCUGUCUCUGAGGCUGGUGAAUGGAGAUAACGAGUGCUCAGGGCGCCUGGAAGUCUUCUACAACGGCAGCUGGGGAACCAUCUGCGAUGAUGACUGGGACAUAAACAGUGCCAGGGUUGUGUGCAGGGAGCUGAGCUGCGGAGAUGCCAUCUCAGCCAAAAAAAGUGCCUUUUUUGGGGAAGGCACGGGAGACAUCCUCAUGGAUGAUGUGAAAUGCACAGGGGAUGAGUCCUUCCUGGAGCAGUGCUCUCACAGGGAGCUGGGAACACAUGACUGUUUGCACAAGGAGGAUGCUGGUGUUAUCUGCACAGGGCCUGUGGAUCUUACCACUCCUGGAACAACAGCCCCAACUGAAUCCACCACAGCUGAAACUUCAGCAACCCCUGCAGGCAGCACCACAUCUGAAGCACCAGUAACCACCUCUCCCACUCCUGGACCAGCAGCCACUACCAGCUCUCCUGCAGGCAGCACCAUGUCUGAAGCACCAGGAGCCUCAACAACUCCAUUGGUCUCCUCAACUCUACCAGUCUCUUCAACUCCUCAAAGCACAGAAAUCAGCACUUCUUCUCCAAAGCCAGUACCUACAAGUCAAGCAACCCUUGCUUGUCUGCCUACUUACAUGCGGGCAAUCAUCAGGAGAUCCUACAUCAACUCCCGAGGGUACCUUGCAAGUGACAUCCACCUGAGGGACCCUAGGUGCAAGCCUGUGAUCAGCAGCUACCACGUCAUGUUCCGCAUACCAUACGAUGGCUGUGGCACACAGAGGCUGAUAUCACGUGGAGCCAUCACUUACUCCAACACAGUGGAAGGAUCCAUUUCUAGCAACUCCUACAGCAGAAAUAGAAAUCCUCUGCUAAACUUUGCCUGCAAAAUAUACGACGACGCUGGCGCCCAAACAAUACCCAGCGUCAUACGGCCCCCGUACCAGGAAACUCCAUCUAGGCAAUUUGUCGUCAAGUUUGCCUUUUAUGACUCGCCAUCCUUCUCCAAUGUAGUGAAGGCAGCACCAUACUAUGUAAUGCCGAGCCGGGAUUUGUUUGUUCGUGCUACCCUGUACAGCACACAGCCAAACGUGAUGCUGUUUGCAGACACCUGCGUGGUCUCUCCAAAUCCCCAUGACUUUGUGACUGUGGCAUCUGAUAUCAUACGAAACGGGUGUGUCAGAGACCCAACCUAUAGGAGCUACUUGUCACCAGACAGCAGGAUUGUCCAGUUCCGAUUCAGAGCCCCCAGUUUUAUCAGCAGAUACUCAUCAGUUUACCUACAGUGCAAGAUGGCAGUGUGCAACAGAUACGAUUAUUCCUCCCGCUGCUACCAGGGCUGCAUAGCCAGAGGCAAAAGAAGCACAGGAGAUGGCAGUGGAAAUGUCAUUAUCGUGGUCUCCAGACUACAGUAGCCCCAGUAACACUUCUUCUAAUUCUAAUAUCACGCUGAUCACUUAUAUAUGUGAUCAGUAGGUUGCACACCUGCUCGUAUUUUAAUCUUAACUGUGUUGUGUUCCUUAAUUUCAAACUUUUGGAUCUAUAUUCCAGAUCUGUAAAAGCCUAAACUUUAGUAAAAACUCAGUGAUAAACUGUAAAGGAUCAGCUUUUUUUUUUUUUUCCCCCCACCAAGACUGUUUCCCUCUCUUGUACUGCAUAACUCAAAUACUUAGUAUUCAAGAAUUACUAACCUGCCUUGUAAAGCAGUGGUGUUGCUUUACAAGCUCAAGAAGAAUAGGAACCCCUUGUAACCAAUAACGUCUGAGCAAUUAUGUUAAAUAGGAGCUCAACAGUUUUUGGAGCAAAAAUUGUCCAUGCCCAGAGAAGUAAUCUCUCCAAUACCUAUGACCUGUUCACAUUUUCCAUGUCAGUUUUUAUUGCUGGAGAUUAGACCUGAAAAAAAUAUAUGUGUUCUUCAUGAUAUACGUAUUUGUUUCAUCCCUUUACUUUCAGUAUCUGUUCUAACUGUAUUACUUUGAGCCAGGAAUGUGUUCAACUCAAUAAGUUAAAUUGCCCUAUUGGAAUGACAUAGUGAAAACAAGGAGAAGAGUAACUUUCAGUUUAUAAUAGAGAAAAGAGUCUUGAAAGUCACCACAGAACUCUACAGGAAAGAGAUUUAUUAAACUUUGGUAACGUGGUGAGCUUUGUUGGGAUGAGAAAAGCAUCUUGAAGGCCAGUACUCAGUUUCCAUGCAGUGAAUAUCUGCAAAUUGCUCAAACUCAUAAUGAGAUGCUCUGUGUGAUGCUUAGAUCUGAUCUGACCAGGACUCUGUUGAGGUGGCUCUGCCCAGGGCUGGUCCUGUUAAUGCCAAUCCUAAGCCAGAGGGACCGUAAUGCCUGGUAGGAAAAUGGCUGAGAUUUCAGUCCUGAGCUGGAGUAUUUCCUAAUUGCACUUCAUUCACAUAGAACUCCACUGUGCUGGUAACCCUGCUGUUCUGCUUCUCACAGGUAAUGAUUU